AUGACCUUGGGGCCUCAGCCUUACUACUGGCCUGAGUCUACGACGUUGAACUACUGGGGCGGCUCGCCUCCUAUCGCCACACGGUCCGGUUGGCUAUCGCUGGGUUGUAUGCCCUUUGUGUUCCUGACUGCUGGCAAGAGCAACUUUAUCACCGCCGUGACAGGCAUCUCGCACGAGCGCCUCCAGGUGUUCCAUCGCUGGAUCAGCUAUGUAUUCUUUCUCACGGCCUUAGUACACACAUUCCCGUUCAUCGUAUACAACAUACGUACACACCAGAUGAUGAUGCAGUGGGACAUGAACCUGGACUACUGGACAGGUGUUGUCGCCAUCCUAGCUCAGGCUUAUCUGACUUUCGCAUCUAUGAGUCCUCUUCGAAAUUUGAGCUACGAGUGUUUCAAGUUCUCGCACUUCGUGGCAGCUUUGGUCUUCAUGCUGUUCCUGUUCUUCCACUGCGCAUACACACUGACGUCUUGGGACUACUUCAUCGUCACUGGGGUGUUCUUCGCUUUUUCCUGGCUGCAUAGACAGCUACGAGUCUACGGCGAGCAUGGUGUGCACAGCAAAGCGAGCCUCACCCUGGCGGCUGAUGGAUUUGUUUGCGUCAAGAUCCCGACCAAGGCAACAUGGCAUGUUGGUCAGCAUUUCUUUGUGCGUUUCCUCACCACAGACAUCCAUGCGUUGAGUAUCCAUCCGUUCACGGCCUGCUCAUUGCCCUCACAAUCCGGACACGACUCUGAGCUGGUAUUGUAUAUUCGACCGCGAGGUGGCCUGACUUCGCGUCUGGCCAAGCGUGCCGCGACGAGUCCAGGUAGCACGGUGCGGGUACUGCUUGAUGGCCCAUACGGAGGUGUCGAUAUGCACAGUCUUGGUUCGAGUCGGCGGCAAAUCGUUGUAGCCGGAGGAUCCGGUGCUGGCUGGAUCUUGCCGAUGCUCAGCGCUUGCAUACGCCAGAAUGAUUUCGCGGACAAGGCCGAGAAGAACACCAAACGCCAUUCCAUGCGAGUAGUUCUCACCGCACGAGAGACAGCAACAUGUCACUGGUUCGACCAGACUAUCAGAGAACUCCUUGCCGAGCAUGGUAGAGACCACUUGCCUUCGUAUAUCGAAGUCGAACUCCACUACACAGGACCGGCAUCCGCCGAACUGAAUGACAAGGACGUCAAUCCUCGUGCGGAUCAUAGCAGAGAUAUCGAGAAGGCCUUGGAGAAGCCUCAAGAGCGCUCGAUGAGGGGUAGUGACUCGGGUGCAUCGGCCGAAUUCUCGGACGGUCGCUGCAUCCACUACAGUGGGAGACCAGACCUACCAGCGCUGAUUAGAAGGGAGGGAGGUGUCUUAGAUGAGGACCAGCUUGGUGUGUUCGUAUGCGGCCCUCUGAGUAUGCAGAGCGAUGUGGCAAAUGCAGUCGCAGCAGCGCAGGUCCCUGCCAUCAAGGGUGCGAGUAGAAGCAUUUAUUUGCACAUGGAGCACUUCUCUUGGGCAUGA